AUGACCUUCUAUGGUAGUUGUCAUUUCUUAGAUGGACUAGGUUACCUCACAGAAAAGAUGAAAUUCAUCUACCUCAGCAAGUGGGUUCGUUUCAGCCACUUUGACAAGCGGGUUCUGUUCAACCACUUUGGCAUGGGGGGGUGGGCCGGCCCGCCGCGGCUUCCGAGGUGGACGCGUCAGGAGAUCCUGGUUCUGAUACAAGGUAAGCGGGUGGUUGAAAGCCGAGGAAGAGGGCGGGCUUCGACGUCUGCGGUGGCGAUUGAGCCGAAGUGGGCGGCGGUUUCUUCUUAUUGUCGGCGGCAAGGGGUGAAUCGGGGGGCGGUUCAGUGCCGGAAGCGGUGGAGCAAUCUCGCCGGGGAUUACAAGAAGAUAAAAGAGUGGGAGAUGGGGCGAUCGGUGCGGGGGGAGGCGGAAUCGUUUUGGGGGAUGAGGAACGACUUGCGGAGAGAGAGAAAGUUGCCGGGGUUUUUUGAUCGGGAAGUUUAUGAUAUACUGGACGGGGUGGUGUCGCCUGCGGUGGCAUCGACUGCGGCUCCUGCUGCGGCGGCGGUGGAGGAGGAGGGAGAUGGGGAGGAGGUGGUUUUCGAUAGCGGACGGAGCGCGGCUGAUGAUGGCUUGUUUUCGGAUUUUGAAGAGGAGAAGGAGGUGGAUGAGGAUGAGGAGAGCGAGAUGGGGAGGCCGACGCCGCCGGUGGAGGUGCUUCCGAUUUCUGAAAAGAAGUUGGUAUUAGUUCAAGAGGAGGAAUCUACUCCAGGUCCUUCCAAACACAAGCAAACAACCGCUGAAAACUGCUGCAAAGACUCCCCUAAACGCGAGAACCAUAAACGGCGGCGAACAUCAGACGAAGACGACGAACACAGCUCCGGCUUGCCGUCGCAGAUCGUCGAAUUGCUGGACCGAAACAACAGAAUGCUCGCUGCACAGCUCGAAUCACAGAACGUAAACACGCAGCUAGAUAGAGAGCAGAGGAAGGAUCAGGUGAACGGACUUCUUGUUGUUCUGAACAAGCUUGCUGAUGCUAUUGGCAGGAUAGCAGAUAAGUUAUGAUAUGGCUGAAUCAGAGAAAAAAUUAUUGUAUCAAGACACGUGACGUAAAUUUGUGUCAGGUGUUCAAUGACAAGGCCCGAACCGUGCAUGUCAGUGGGCCCAAAUUAUCAUGUGGCCGUCUGUUAUUAGACACUUGAUGUAAAUUUACAUCAAAUAUCCUGAUACAAUAAUUUCUCGAAUCAGAGCCUGCAAUUUUUGUUUAUGAUCUUUCUCUGCUUCUGGUGGGAGUGAUUAGU